AUGAAAGGGGCAAAUCUCGAAUUUCAUUCAAUAUCCCGCGUCACUCCCAAGCCAAGCCAAGCUAAUUUACAAAAAGUAAAGUAGCGUUUCUCUAUCUUCAAGUCACUCGACAAAAACUGGCCUAACUUUGGAGAUAAUUUUGGAUCUGAAACAGAGAGAGAGAGUAUGAAUCGCCACCACGAUCCAAACCCUUUCGAUGAAGAAGAAGUCAAUCCAUUUUCGAUGUUGAUCUCGUCUUACUUGGUCGUGUUUUGUCGUUUGGAUGUGCAUUAAAUUUAAAUAUAUUAGACUCUGCUAUUUAGUGUUACUUAUUGAGAGUCAUUGCAGAAUGGUGGUUCUGUCGCACCUGCACGACCACUGGCAUCCGAACCUUUGGGUUUUGGGCAGAAACAUGAUGCUACUGUGGAUAUACCUCUGGAUUCAAUGAAUGAUUCUAAGAAAAGAGAAAAGGAGCUCGCAGCUUGGGAAGCUGAUCUUAAAAGAAGGGAAAAGGAUAUAAAGAGAAGAGAAGAUGCUGUUUCCCAAGCUGGUGUUUCUGUAGAUGAUAAAAAUUGGCCACCAAUUUUCCCGAUUAUACAUCAUGAUAUAGCUAAUGAGAUACCGGUUCAUGCUCAGAGGCUGCAAUAUCUUGCAUUUGCAAGUUGGCUUGGCAUAGUUCUUUGCCUUGUUUUUAAUGUUAUUGCAGUGAUUGUCUGUUGGAUUCAGGGUGGUGGUGUUAAGAUUUUUUUCCUUGCUGUAAUCUAUAUGUUGCUUGGAUGCCCUCUUUCAUAUGUGUUGUGGUACAGACCACUUUACCGAGCAAUGAGGACAGAUAGUGCCUUGAAUUUUGGUUGGUUUUUCAUGUUCUACUUGCUCCACCUUGGAUUUUGCAUUUUUGCUGCAAUUGCUCCUCCUAUUGUCUUCCAUGGGAAGUCGUUAACUGGUAUCCUGGCAGCAAUUGAUGUUAUCUCUGAUCAUAUGUUGGCGGGGGUAUUCUUCUUUGUUGGUUUUGGGCUAUUUUGCUUGGAGUCACUGCUGAGCUUGUGGGUUAUUCAGAAAAUUUACUUGUACUUUAGGGGACACAAGUAAGAGAUAUGAAGUCAGGCUGUGCUAUGAUUACUUUUGGUGCACAAGAGAUAUAAAGCGAGGGUAUGCUGUGGUCGUAUGUGGAUGCCACGCCCUAUCUAUGGGGUAUUAUAUAUAUUUUAUACCUUAUGAUUGUGUUUCUCAUUUUAUGAUAUUGUCUAAUGGAUUUUGAUAUAAUGGGUUUGUAUGCAUUACAACUGAGGUAGAUUCUAGGGAAUUAGUUCUUACUGGCAUUUAGAGUUAAGAGGGAAGUGUUCAAGUAAGUAAUUUCAAAUUCUUUAUUAUCGCAAUUUAUUUCCCAUUCUUGGUUUUUUUUUCAA